GUGUUUUCACACACCAGGCGGGCUGCAGCCAACUGUUAUGUGGGAUCGGUUUUCGAGUUAAAGUGUGUAGUGUCCUUAUCAUGGCUUUCACUAUGCUGAGGCCCUUGUCGACACACCACCCCUUCUCAUACACCGCCGACCUGAAAGUGAUGUCGGACGAUGAGGACAACCGAUGUGAGAGUGACGGCAGCUCGGACCAGAGUUAUGACACAUGCUGUCAGCGGAACGAAAACUACCGUCAGGUCUCCGGCGUGAUGGGGGUCGGCGUCGUGGUCAAACAGCGGAACGCGGCCAACGCGCGGGAGCGGGACCGGACCCAGAACGUGAACACCGCCUUCACGGCGCUCCGGACACUUAUUCCCACGGAGCCGGUGGACAGAAAACUCUCUAAAAUAGAAACUCUGCGCUUGGCGUCCAGCUAUAUCUCCCAUCUGGCCAAUGUACUCGUUACCGGAGAUGGGCGCGCCGACGGUCAGCCUUGUCUGAGCGCAGUGCGCAAUAACGCGCCGGGGGACGGAGAGGGCAGACAACCCAGAGCCAUCUGCACAUUCUGCCUGAGCAACCAGAGGAAAGGGGUGAAAGACAGGCGAGAGUGUGUGAAAAUGCAUGGAGGUAGUGCACUACGACUAAGUCGGCGAUGAAGCCAUCCAGCUUGGAGUAAACCUUGACUCAGUUCCCGGAGCAGACCUCAGGGAACAGUUCAGCAGUGCUCACCGGUGUGCACCGGCCAUGGGGGCCCGCUUUUCUAAAAGCAUCUGAAUUGAGAUGUUCUCAGUCCAUUAAACCGGGACGAUAAUGGAAAGUUUGGCUCAGAUUCACAUCCUCACCCAUCUCUGAAAACAGACUUGUAGACAUGGGGGGCGGCCAUUUUCAGGAAUUAUGUGUGAAAGGGAAGCCUACACUAAGGUUGUGUUGUACGCUAUGCAAUAAUGUGACGGUGGUGUGUCACUUUUUUUUUUAAAGACACUGUAUUUGGUUGCCUUUUCAUUACAUGUUGUAUUCUACUUUGAAAUUAAAUCUAUUUUUG